AUGGGAUUGGGCACCUAUCAACCAGCGCCCGUAUCGGCUGGUCUUGACGACUUGUUGGGUCUUGGCUCAGAUGGUUUGUUGGGUGAUAUUGGAGGUGCCACAUCUCCGCCCACAGUUAUGAUGCAAGCGUCAGGAAGUGGUCAGUUUGUUGGAGGAAUUCCGCCGUCGAGUAACUCGCCGUUUGGUGCACCCUUAGCACCGAUACUGAAUCAGACACCACCGCUCAACAUCACUCCUCCAAAUGUUCCGGUGCCUGCCGUCAAUUUCACCACUGGUCCACCUAUUGCUGCACCUAAUGCUGCCGCUGCCAUAUCGUCUGCAAAUCCAUUCUCUUCACUCAGUGACAUCUUCGGUACUGCACCCAACAGCACGCCAGUUUUUGGCUCUCAAGUCGGUUAUGUUGCACCAAAAUCGGUAUAUUUUGGUUUAUUAUAA